AUGACGGUCACCACACCCCUUUACUCGAUGGUCAAUCGCCUGGGCCAGCUGGUGCAGCAAGAUACCGCUGCUCCUUCUGCGCAAACUCAUUUCGAGCUGCUAAGAAUGAUUGAGCAGCUGAAGCUGGAGGUAGAAAGUCCCGCUGAGACUGUUCAGCGUCUGAUUUACCAGCCGCCACAAAACUCCGCACUCAGAGCCGUAGUAGAUCUGGGGAUCUUUCCUCUGCUCAUGCAGAAGCAGUACCAGUAUACAGGGAUCUCGGCCGCACAGUUAUCGGAGUUUACUGGCGCAGAGCAGGAAUUGAUCGUCCGAUUGAUGCGGGUCAUGGCAUCUCUGGGUCUCUGCACAACCCCAGAAUUUCAGGUAUACAAAGCAAAUGAGAAGACAGCGGCUUUGACCCAGCCUGCUGGCCGAGAUGGAGUUCCUUGCAUAUAUGACCUCGCAGUUCCAACCCUCAGCAAACUGCCGGAGUAUCUGAGGGCGCAUCAUUAUGCGAAUCCUCAAGACUAUGAAAAUUCCCCUAUGCAGUGGGCAGUUGGUCAAAGUCAAUUUGAGUGGCUAGACAGCCACAAAGAUCAACAAACACUGUUCAACUCGUAUAUGGCGAGUCGCAGACAAGGCCGACCAAUGUGGUUCGAUUUCUACCCUGUGGAGAGACUGAUGGGCCAUUCCGUUCCAUGCAUUGACACAGUGUUCCUCGUCGACAUCGGGGGUAACCAAGGUCAUGACCUAAGCCAAUUCCGCCAGAAGUUCAAACACCUGCCCGGCAGAGUUAUCUUGCAAGAUCUUCCACAGGUUCUGAACGGUGUUUCUGGUGACGAAUCCGGUAUCGAGGUCAUGCCAUACAGCUUCAUAGAUCCUCAACCUGUUAAGGGGGCGGCAAUCUAUUACUUCCGCUCCAUAUUCCAUGACUGGUCCGAUCAAAUUUGUCUUCAGAUCCUGCAAAACACAAUCUCUGCUAUGGCGCCUGAUUACUCCCGAAUCCUGAUUGUGGACUUUGUGCUACCGGAUACCGACACGCCCCUUAUGCAGGCGUCACUCGAUAUUCAGAUGAUGAGUAUUGGUGCCGGUGUUGAGCGAUCGGAGACUCAGUGGAGGGAUUUGCUUCAGAAGGCUGGCUUGAAUAUUACGGGAAUCUGGAGCCAAAGUCCUGGCAUGGAGUCAGUGAUUGAGGCUGUUCCCAUGUUGAUGGAGACGGAAAGAAAGCCAGUGAAUUGA